ACUGUACUGAUUCCGGCACGCAAUAAUAGAAGACAAGAGACAAGGGGUAGGUAAGAUGGCUGGCCUUCUUAAGGAGAGGCCAUCUGUUAAUUAGUACUACCUGAUUUCAAGCAAAGGCUUGAUCAGAAUUAAUCCAUUUAAUUCUGCUCUGCCUUGCAAGGAACUUUGCCUGCAGGCUUCUCCAUGGAUUCCAACUCCAUCCAGCGUUUGGCUGGCAAGGUGGCUAUCAUUACCGGUGGAGCCAGUGGCAUCGGAAAGGUUACAGCAAAGGAGUUCAUCAAGAAUGGUGCCAAGGUCAUCAUCGCCGAUGUCCAGGACGAGCUCGGCCACUCUGCGGCGGCCAAGCUCGGCCCGGACGCCUCGUACACGCACUGCGAUGUCACCGACGAGGCGCAGGUCGAGGCGGCCGUGGACCUCGCUGUGAGGCUCCACGGCCACCUCGACAUCCUCUACAACAACGCUGGCAUCAUCGGCGCCAUGCCGCAGGACGACAUGGCGUCCGUCGACCUCGCCAACUUCGACCGCAUGAUGGCGAUCAACGCCCGGGCGGCGCUCGUCGGCAUCAAGCACGCCGCGCGCGUCAUGGCGCCGCGCCGCAGCGGCGUCAUCCUCUGCACGGCGAGCGACGCGGGCGUCAUGCCCAUCCCGAACAUCGCCAUGUACUCCGUCUCCAAGGCGACCACCAUCGCCAUCGUGCGCGCCGCGGCGGAGCCGCUGUCGCGCCACGGCCUGCGGGUGAACGCCAUCUCGCCGACGGGCACCAGGACGCCGAUGAUGAUGCAUAUCAUCUCCCAGAUGACCCCCGGCGUGGGCGAGGACGACCUGGAGCGGAUGGCGGACGCCGCCAUCAGCGCCGGCGUGGCCAUCGAGCCGGAGUACGUCGCGAGGGCGGCGGUGUACCUCGCCUCCGACGAGGCCAAGUACGUCAACGGGCAUAACCUCGUCGUCGACGGCGGCUUCACAACGCAUAAAGGAGACGACAAUCGCAUGAAUUAAUGACACACCCAACUAAUUAAUCGAUCGAACACCCUUGUUCGUCGACUCGUCAGAAUAAUAAGGUUGUGGUGCAUAUGUACGUGCAUUGCACUUGAUAGUGCAGCGGCAAGGAGUGUGUCCCUCCAAUUCUCGUUUUUUUAUUCCCGAAUUUUGGCUAAUAUAUAUGUUCUCAGAGUUAUAAAAACACCGUUACUUUUUUUUAUAAUAGAAUAGAAUAUUUCGGCAUUUGCUAA